UCGAGUCGCGGCCCGGAGAGGUGAAUAUGCGCGUACUGCUCGCGCUCCUGCUGUGCGCCGGCCCGGCCUGGGCGCGGGACUGCGAGACGGGCUGGUACCGCGCGGCCGAGGGCGAGCCGUGUGCGCCCUGCUCGGUCUGCGCCGCCGACCAGCGCCAGCUGCUCGCCUGCCGGCCGUUCGCCGACACCCUGUGCGAGGGCGCGCGCAACGUCCCCCCGCCGCCUGUCACCGCCGAAGAGGCGCACCGCAACCGGCUGGCCGAGGAGCGCGUGCGGGCCGACCUGCAGCGCGCCACCCAGGAGCUGAACGUGCAGCGCACGCGGCUCGAGACGCUCGUCUACGAGUGGCAGACGGCCGUCUUCGUCGUCUCCAUCCUGGUGACGUUCGCGCUGGUGUUCAGCUUCCUGGCGCUGGUGCUGCGCCGUACACGCACCGUUGUGCGGAAAGGCGUGGAGGACUACUCUCACCUGAUCCUGAACCGGGAAGACGAACACAGAGACGGCAAUGACCAGAGCUCGUUAGCCUACGCCGACUUCGAUACCAUUAAAAUAGGUCGGCGACCGUUCGACUCGCCGUACACGGACCUGAGCGCGCCUCGCUCCUCGUCUGCGACGCGAGCCUCGGCCACGUGCGCCACCAACUUCAACCAUCUACCGCGGCACCAGGUCUAGCGGCUCAUCCGGCCGGUCGGCGCGGGGCCGUCCCAGCCCGCCGCGGCCCGCCGGGGAGGCACCGCAGUGGCGAACCGUCCAGCUGUUGCGUCAUCAUCACACCGAACACCGUCACGGCCGGUCUUGACGGCGGAGGCGGCGCGGCAGCUGGGGAACACGACCGAGACACCGGGACCAACGCAGACCAACUCAGAGACGCGCGGCGCCGCGGCGGACAGACACCCGGGAGACGCGUCCACCUGAGGGGGCGCACAUGGUCCAGGCACUGGCGGCGCAACGGCGCACUGUCCCUCCAGGGUCGGCUCCUGGCCGGGUGGGGACGUCAUGCCUGCGAGGCCAGGACGCCGUUUUAGGGACUUCCGCGAGAUGCACUGUGAGCAGACGGGAGUCAGCCCUCCCCAGACGUUGCGCGGACGUCUGAGUGAUACAGCACAGGUGCGAGAUGGCGGGGUUUGACGUGUUGCGGCCGAGUUUCGUCCCUCCUGCCAUACGAUCGAUGUACAAGUGAGCGGGCGUAGUCGUAACAAAAUACACGUGUUGAACUAAC